GCGCGCUCUGGGGCUGCCAAGCCUCGCGAGAGCGGGGCUGACUAGGGUCGCUGGUGGUUACGGGGUCGCAGUGCGGCGUCAUGUUGGGCGUUGCUCAGUUGGUCCUGCAGUCCGACUCUCCAGUUUGUUUGCUUCUGUCCCACUGAGAGCGAAGGCUGGGUAAAUGCCCGGCAAGCGGAGUGGUGAGAAUGAGGACCAGCCAAAGGUUGAACGGCGUUGGGGGCGGCCCCCUGGCUCUAAAACGAGGCUCUCGGCAGCGGCUAUGGUGGACGCUGCUGCGGCUUGGGCAGGGGCUUAGGCUUCCCGGGGCGGGGCGGAGGCGGUGGGCAUCCUGCUCCCGGGCUAGACACGUAUUAAGAGGAGGCGGAGGGUCAUGUCUCUGGAAGACGAGAUGAAAAUUCUCGAGAAGCUGGAAGAAGAGUUUGCGCACCCUUAAGCAAAACGAGAAGGCGGUCAGGACCAGCAUGGAGAGUGUUUUUGCCCGUCUGCUCCCAGGUGCUGUGCAUUCCUCAGGACGUAAACAUCGAGAAGAUGGAGACGAAGUAAUCUUUGGGGUCUAGGAUUAGACCAAAGGAGGAGGGGGCAGCCUCUGACGCUGAAGGCCAUCUGCAGCCAGGCCAAACAGGUUUACAGGCAACUGGUGGAAACCCCUGGCAAGGGCAACCCAGAGAAGUUUCAUGCGAGCAGGGGAUGGUUGGAGAAGUUUAGAAAUCGCUAUAGGCUGCUGAAUUCGAGGUUGAUAGGUGAGGAAGAACCGUUAAAUACCCAGUCGGCACCCACGUAUUCCAAGCAACGCCAGAAGCUGAUCAGAGUUAGUGGCAUUGUACCUCAGCAGGUCUUCACCGCCAAGCAGACGAGCCUGUUUUGGAAGUGCUUGCCUUCGCGUACUUUUGGGGAAAAAGACAAAAAUCCGGAAAGCUUAGAGGAAGCUAAGGACCGGAUUUCUUUCAUUUUUUGUGCCAGUGCCGCAGGUGACAAAACCAUUGCUGCUUUAUGAAGCAGCUACCUGUUUUAUGGAAAAAAAUAUAAAACGCCUUCCUAUUUUCCAGCGAUCACUAACAGUAUCAUUAACAGCUGCCCUCAUUUUGGAUUGGCUUCGUAAUUGUUUUAUUCAUUGAACCUGGAGUUAUUUAACAGAAAAAAAUCUUGCCUUCAGAGUGUUGCUGUUUUUGGACAGAGGUCUCAGUCACCCAGACUCCAUUCUUUGCUCAUCCCAAUGAUGAUAUUGUGUUUCUCCAUCUGGAGGGCAGUAGCUAUCUUAAGCCCUUGGAUCAGGGUAUAAUUGAAGCAUUCAGGAGGUAAUACACCAAGCAUAUAUUUGACUACUUUGCCGACUUUUUGAAAAAAACCCUUGCCUCACUUUGAAAGAAACAUGGCAACAGUACAACUUUGCUGAUGCUUUGGUAGUAAUAAAGAGGUGAUGGAUGAUAUAAAAACCAGCCUCUCUUAAUAAAGCCUGGUGGAACCUUUGGGAUGAUGUUGUGAAUGAUUAUGCAUGUUUCCCUAGAGCUAAUGAAGAAGUUGAAAAUAAUCAUAGAGUCUGAAAAUGGAUGGGCUUUAAAUUCAUCGAUAUUGAUGAAAGUGAAAUUAAUAAGCUACUUAAGUUUCAAGCUUUGGCAAUAACACAGAGAGUCUAUAUCUGUAGAUGAGGAAGAAGGCAAAUCUCUGGAACCAGAGAUAAAGUUGAAUCCAAGGAAACAAUUCUGUCUUACACCAGGUGUCAGACCUCAUUGAAGCUGCAAUUGAUAUGGGUUCUUUACUGGAUUGAAGUUUGGCCUUUAAAAAAGAUUUCAAUAAAUUGUUGUAUACCUAUAAAGAGGCCCAAAAGAACCUUCAAAAUAAAGCAAAGGAGAUGAAGAAAGAGAAGGAAGACACAAACAAUAAAGAGGAAGUAGUGUGGGUGAAAGAGGUGGGUACAGAAUCUGACUCUGAAGAGGAUUCUGAGUCCAUAUCUGAAUCCAGUAAGGAGGAGGAGAGAAAGAGGGUAAGAAGCCUCCAGAAGAAGAGCUUAUAAUCUCAGGCAGUGGCACUGAGGCUCUUACUAGAUCUGAAGAAUCUGCCAAGGCCAUAAAUGCAGAAUUGGACUUUUGGAAUCUAACCUUGGAAUUGAAUCUGAAGAGAGUAGAGAUGCCUGAGUUGAAGGAAGAAGAGAAUCCAGAAACGGUUUCUUCCAAAUAACAGUUCAUCUCUUGCCAUCCUUCCCCUGCUGCCCCAGCAUCGUCUUCAUCAUGACCAUCUUUAUAAUCACCAAAUCAACAAACAUUUAUUGAGCAUAAUCUCUGUGGGAUCCUGUGCUAAACUCUGGGACAUCAUCUCAGGAUCUAAGAUCCUGACUGCUUCUUUCCUGACAUACCCCAUGCUCAGGACCCUUAGCCAGCAGCUCCUUUCAGUUGUCACUGGCAGCUAUGUCUCCGGCACUUACUCCAUCGUUUUUGUCAACUGUCCCAACGAGCAGAUCGCCAGAGAUAUUGCCAGGGCUAUACUGGAUAAGAAGCUGACUGCCUCUGUGAACAUCCUGCCUAAGGCAUCCUCACUAUACUAUUGGAAUGGAGAAAUAGAAGAAGCCACUGAAAUCCUGCUGUUAAUAAAGACAAAGACUUCCAAGGUCCAUAUGCUAUCCAGCUACAUCAGGUUGGUGCAUCCUUUUGAAAUCCCAGAGGUCUUCAGUCUUCCCAUGGACCAAGGAGAUGUGCACUAUUUAAAGUGGCUGGAGGAGGGCAUGGCGGAGGAAUGAGCGGGGGCUCUUUGUGCCUCCUGCUGGCUGACUCUAACCUUCAUCAGCUGUUCUCUGGGGGAGGGGAGGCUUCUUUCUGCCCCCUCACAUCUCUGGAUUCCAUGCUUUUGUCAGCACAGAGGAGUUAAGUAACUUGUGGAGGGUGACGGUCCAAGGCUUCUGAGGCUGGAAGAGGACGCUGGGCCAGUCAGGCCAAGCAAGAACCCAGUGGAUCUUGUCUCUGAGUGCAUCAUGCGUAAAGGUGGCUGGGGGUGGGAGGGCGAGGGUGAGUGUGUGUGGGGGCCAAGGGGAGGCGGCAGUGAGGGUGAGGUUUGUCAUCUACGUUCACUGAGCCUAUACUGAGUGCCUAGUAUGUUAUUACUCUCCUGCCUCUCAUGAGGAAUGGACCUGUUGACCUGUCACCCAGAAGUGUGUGGGGUGAAUGCCACCUCCUAGGGGAACUGGAAGUGCUUUAUCCAAAAGCAUGAAUUGCUAAUGGUGGAAUUUCAGGGACCAGCAGGAUUUUAUUUCUUCUAGCUAAAGAUGGUGUUUGUUAUUCCUGAGUCCUGAGGAACUAGGAGUGGGCUUCCUGAGUGCACGUAGGACUAGGGGAGUAUUAGGGCUUAGACAUAGCCUCACGGAUUGGGAGUAGGUCUUGACUCUUUCCUAGCCUGAAGGGGCAGACAUCAGAAGGUUCUGGUGCCUUGCUCAGUGGAGACAUGGGUUCUGAGCCCACCAUACUAACCUUUCCACUUGAGCAUUGAAACUGAGCAUCCUGAAGUAGGAAGAACCCAGGGGGACUGCUAGACAAGUGUUUUUCAGACUUGCCCCACAGAACCCCAGGGGUUCACAGAAGGUACCCUGGGGGCUACUCAUACUUCAACCAGUGCAACUGUGCUUUUAUUAUUUUUAUGUACUGAGCUAAGUUUCUGUUGUUAAAAGUUUGUAAACCAGUGGCCUAAGCCAGUCUCCAUUUUAUAGGAAAGGAAACUGAACUGCAGUGAGGUCCAGAAAGUGGGUGGCAUGUUGAGUUACAGACGGGAUAGCCAAGGCUGCUCACUCUGUCUGGUGCUCUCCUAAACCUGCUCCACGGGUGUCUUCUGCAUGGGGAAGAUCCCUGUGGGGUGAGAAGAGAGACCUGAUCUAGGCUGCUUCCAUGGCUCUGUCACAAGGUGACUCCACUCUGGGGGCACCAUGGGCAGUUUGGGUGGGAGUCCACAGACAUCUGCGGUAUCCUAGGUCUUCCUUCUCAAGAGGGAAGGGUGUGUGGGAAGGGUGUUGCCAGGCUCUGGUUCUGAUACCUUCUGUGCUUCUUGGACCUUAGUUCCUCUAGAUAUAAAAUGAGGGAGGAUCUGCAAGGGCCCUUCCAUGAAGACCUUGUAGCGACUUCAGGCUGAGCCCCUUUCAGAGGUCCAGAGGAUCCUGUUUGUGAUAGUGGGGAGUUUGGUGGGCUGCCUCAGGAGAAGAAAGAAAAUGAUAAUGGUGAUGUCCUCUUUAUUUACGACAGAUGUUUCUGGUGCAUGUGAAAAUCUUGUGUAAAGUAAACCCUACCGAAAAUGUACUGGGGACCCCAAAUGGACUGUCCGUAUUGCUUUCACGAUAAAGUCAAUUUCUUGGUCUGGAUUUCAAGGCCCUUCGGAGCCUUGCCUCAACUCAGUUUUCCAUCCUCACCUACUCUGGCACGUGGGUGCUCCAGUAUGCUGUGCUGUUACUCCUGUGUUCAGGCCGUCCCCUCUUCCUGAUCACCCUUCUGCAUGAGUGCUUAAGAAGUCUCCUUGGCAAGGCGUGGCGUUCCCGGUUGGAAGGAAUCUCUCCUGCCUUGAUGUCCUGUUAUCCUUGUGCGUCACAGUCAGUCCCGUUUCUAGAUUGUGAGCUGCUCGAGGUGAGGGAUAUGUUUGAAUCCAUUUGGUCUCUUGCACUGGGUUUGGCAGAUAUUUCCUGAAUUGAUGUUUCAAGGAUUUGAAUAGCUAAAGCUUUCUCUAUGGUCCACAAUUACUUCCUAAUUUAUGGAGGUGGCAAAAUCCAACUUUUUUUCCUUCAACAUUUUUUAGGUGGGACUAAUUCCAAAGGAGGUUUUUCUUUCUAUCUCUGGCCUUCAUUGGUUCAUUUUCUGUGCCGACUGUGCAUUGAAAACUGUUUCUUGGUGGCCUUCCUUUGUCACAGUGUCACAGCUGACUAUAGGAAAUAGGAGAAGACAGGGACAAAACACCAGCGCUCUCUGCCAGGUACUGCCCUAGGUUCUUAACAUUAUUUUAUCCUUACAAGUCAAUGUUAUCCUCAUUUUGCAGUUGAAACCUGAGGUCAGAGAGCAGGAGACACUUAAAGUAAAUGGCAGAACUAGGCUCCUAACCCAAGUCUCUGAUUCUAAAUCUGAUGCUCUUACUGCCUCUUUCAAAGAGGUUGGAUGUAUCCCUUUGUAGGCCAAAGACCCAGAGAACCUGCUGUAGCCACCUCUAAGGAAGAGUUGUUUGUUCCUAAAACAUCUGUGUGGUAGUUGGUAUUGAUAUAUUGCAUUACUUCUCCCCACAGAUCUGGAUGUUGGUAAUAAUAUCUUCAAUUCUACAGAUGAGGGAACGGAUUUAGAGGAGUUUAAUGAUUUUUAGGGUCUGUGUGACUCCAACUUACAUGGUUUGGCCACUCUACCACACUGUCCUCCCAGAUGAUGCUGUGGGAGCUGGGGCUAGGACCUGCAUCAGGGUUUCCACGCGGGAAUUCCUUCCCAGCGUUUCUCAGGAAACUUAUGUUUUUUGAUCCCAGAAUCCCUGGGAGAGUCAGUUGAGGAAAUGUGAAAAAGUAGUAAAAUUUUAUCUGUGAAUACUAAAGCUUAAAAGCAUAGAGACGUUGCUGGUUUGAGGGAAUCCAGCUUCAUCAAAUAAAAAACUAGAGCAAGAAAUGCUAACAUAGAGUUGAAGACUAAGAGAACCAGGACAGGAGCAUGUAGAAGAGAAAUGGUUUCCACCUAGUCAGUCUUGCCUGUGAUUGUUGGCAUGUCAUAAGAGGGUGUGUCUAGCCCUGUCUGCCGCAAACUGUGAGUUAUUCUUGCAAAUAAGAUACGUUUAUACACAUAGUGUACUUUAUACAAAUCCUAUGAGCAGUGUUCCAAGAAAUAAGCUUUGGAAGCAAAAUAAACUCUUAAUUUGGCAAUUUUGACACAUGAUU